AGUAAAGAAGAAAGAAAGAAAUAAAGACAUGCGUCGAUCGGCGAGCGCCUCCAUAGUCUCCGACCAACUAUCGGCGAAAGCUCCUUCACCAUCACCUUCUCCUCCGCGAAUUGAAACCGACACAGACUUGGACGAUGUGGUGCUUCACCUGCCUAGGUACGACCCAAACUCUUACGCAGGGAAGAAGGACAAAUCAAGACUCAGAUCCGCGGAGAACGCUAUCCAUUUCAUCCCUCUCCUUCUCAUCCUCUGCGCUCUAAUACUUUGGUUGGUUUCGAGUCCAGUAGUAGCUAUGAACAAACAGUGACGAUGUUGGAGAAGUUUGAUAGCGUGAAGAGCAAGCUUCUCAACGAAUAGAUUAAUACCUAAGAAACUCAGUACUUUUUUUUUUUAAAACAUUCGAUGUAUUAAGUAUAAAGACUUAACCAUAGGUCUGUAGCAUGAGAUGAUUGCUCCUCAUUGAGAACCAGACCUUAUUGGUUUACCCGCCUCUCUGCUGCUCCAACUUAUUGGUUUAUACAUAAGACA